GGGUACUCAAGGCUCUGCGAUGGAAUGGGAUCCCACCCGGUUCUUCCGGGAUGAUCCGGAUAUGCAGAGUCCAUAUGCACUGCUUAUUCUGAACCAGCCGAUCAAUGAGGAGGCAUACCUCGUUCUCCAGAAGCACGCAUGCUUCACCAUCUGCGCAGAUGGCGGUGCAAACCGAUUCUAUGAUAUGAUGCAGGCACGCGACAGAGAGAGUCUAGAUCUCCCUAACGCUAUCGUGGGCGACCUGGAUUCCAUCCGGCCCGCAGUCCGGCAGCACUACGAGGCCCUCGACGUCCCCGUCAUCGAAAACCCAGACCAGUACUCGACGGAUUUCACCAAAUGCCUGCGCUAUCUCGAGGGAGAAGAGCACCUCACGCGUACCCACAGAGAAAAAGGGCUCGAUAUCGUCGUGCUGGGUGGCCUCGGUGGCCGCGUCGACCAGGCCUUCUCGCAGAUCCAUCAUUUGUACGCUGCUACCAUGGAGAUGGAGUGUACGCGGAAUCAUCAAUCCGUCGCACGGUCCCUUUAUCUCGUCUCCGAGGAGAGUGUCACUUUUAUCCUGAAAUCGGGUCGGAACAUGAUCUACACAGGUAGUCACAACGACACUACAGAUCAGGCGGGGGGGAGGUAUUUCGAGGAAAAUAUCGGCAUCAUCCCCCUCGCCGGCCCGACGAGAAUCACCACCCACGGCUUAGAAUGGGACGUUACCGACUGGCCCACCCAGAUCGGCGGCCAGCUCAGCACGAGCAACCAUAUUCGCGCCUCAGUCGUGGAGAUCGAGACCGCGGCCCCGGUCUUGUUCACGGCCGAGUUGGCGGCGAGGUUCAAGUUUGGGGGGAGAGCGAGAUAG